AAGAAUAAAAUAAUCUUAUUUUUGCGUCAUCUCGUCGUCCUCGCGAAAUCGCCGGCCAUCUUCUGAGAAUAACAAUAACCUUUUUAACUGAAACUUGGCUCUCUCACAAAUCGAAGCCUUCGCGUUGUGUUCCUAAAGAGUGAGAAAAUGCCAGGAUUAAUCGCACCCUCAGAUUACUCGCGAGAGCCACCUCGUCAUCCAUGUCUCCGGAUCAACGCCAAGGAGCCCUUCAAUGCAGAGCCACCACGCUCAGCCUUGAUUUCAUCUUAUGUGACCCCUGUAGAUUUGUUUUACAAGAGAAAUCAUGGCCCUAUUCCAUUGGUGGAUGAUAUUGAAAGAUAUUCUUUCUCUAUAUCGGGCUUAAUACAAAAUUCAAAAGAGCUGUUUAUGAAAGACAUCAGGAUGCUUCCAAAGUAUAAUGUCACUGCCACUUUACAGUGUGCAGGUAAUCGAAGGACAGCCAUGAGCAAAACUAGAACAGUCAAGGGAGUUGGCUGGGAUGUUUCUGCUCUAGGAAAUGCUACCUGGGGUGGUGCCAAAUUGGCUGAUGUUCUCGAACUUGUUGGAAUACCUAAAUUCAGCUAUAGCACACAAAAGGGUGGAAAACAUGUUGAGUUUGUGAGCAUUGAUAGGUGCAAGGAAGAAAAUGGAGGUCCAUACAAGGCAUCAAUUCCGCUAAGCCAAGCUUCAAACCCUGAAGCAGAUGUGUUGCUUGCUUAUGAAAUGAAUGGAGAACCUCUUAAUAGGGAUCAUGGUUAUCCAUUGCGUGUUGUCGUCCCUGGUGUUAUUGGUGCACGCUCUGUAAAAUGGCUUGAUUCUAUCAACAUAAUUGCCGAGGAAUGCCAGGGUUUCUUUAUGCAGAAAGACUACAAAAUGUUUCCUCCAUCCGUAAAUUGGGAUAACAUUGAUUGGUCAACAAGGAGGCCUCAGAUGGAUUUCCCUGUUCAGAGUGUCAUAUGUUCUUUGGAGGAUGUAGAUCAAAUAAAGCCCGGAAAGGUAACAGUCAGUGGUUAUGCAGUGUCGGGAGGUGGGCGUGGAAUAGAGAGAGUAGACGUAUCCAUCGACGGAGGCAAAAACUGGAUCGAAGCCAGCAGAUAUCAGAAGAUUGGUGUCCCGUAUGUUGCAGAUAGUCCUAGCAGCGACAAGUGGGCAUGGGUGUUUUUUGAGGUCACACUCGAUGUCGUACGUAACACCGAAAUCGUUGCCAAAGCUGCUGAUUCAGCAGCGAAUGUGCAACCGGAAAAAGUGGAAGAGAUAUGGAACUUAAGAGGUAUACUGAACACCUCAUGGCAUAGGGUUCAAGUUCGAGUUGGUCGUUCCAAUAUAUAGAAGACUGAACUGAGCCGCAUAAACCGUUGUCCAAUAAGUCUUUUCUUUUUCACCAAAUUGCUCUGUGUAUGGCUUCUGAUUUUACGUUGGAAAUGCGAAUAAGAAACGUUGGAACCUGCUUACACUGAUGCAGCACAUUCCGUUUAGGGUGAAUUUUUUUUGCUUUUCUUUU